CGCGAGUCGCUCACGUGACCGCAAUCUCACAUGACGUAGGCGAUCACGUGAUCUAUCGCUUACGUGAGCAGAAGUAGUUCUGGUCGUCGUCUACCGUCUCGCUAUAGCCGUCUGAGGGAAGAAGGAGGAAAAUUAUCCGGUAUUUUUGGAGCUACAUUGAAAUUGCUUUGAGUCAAGCUUGCCACCAAGAGCCCAACAGUCACCAUGAUGUUGAGCACAGAAGGCAGGGAGGGCUUCGUGGUGAAGGUCAGGGGCCUACCCUGGUCCUGCUCAGCCGAUGAAGUGAUGCGCUUCUUCUCUGAUUGCAAAAUCCAAAAUGGCACAUCCGGUAUUCGUUUCAUCUACACCAGAGAAGGCAGACCAAGUGGCGAAGCGUUUGUCGAACUUGAAUCCGAAGAUGAAGUGAAAUUGGCUUUGAAGAAGGACAGAGAAACCAUGGGGCACAGAUAUGUUGAAGUAUUCAAGUCCAACAGUGUUGAAAUGGAUUGGGUGUUAAAGCAUACAGGCCCGAAUAGUCCUGAUACUGCCAACGAUGGUUUUGUCCGGCUCAGAGGACUCCCGUUUGGCUGUAGCAAGGAAGAGAUUGUUCAGUUCUUUUCAGGGUUGGAAAUUGUGCCAAAUGGGAUGACACUGCCGGUGGACUUUCAGGGGCGGAGCACAGGGGAGGCCUUUGUGCAGUUUGCUUCACAGGAGAUAGCUGAAAAGGCCUUAAAGAAACACAAGGAAAGAAUAGGGCACAGGUACAUUGAAAUCUUCAAGAGUAGCCGAGCUGAAGUCCGAACCCACUAUGAUCCCCCUCGGAAGCUCAUGGCUAUGCAGCGGCCGGGUCCCUAUGAUAGGCCCGGGGCUGGCAGAGGGUAUAAUAGCAUUGGCAGAGGGGCUGGGUUUGAAAGGAUGAGACGGGGUGCCUAUGGUGGAGGGUAUGGAGGCUAUGAUGACUAUGGUGGCUAUAAUGAUGGGUAUGGCUUUGGGUCUGAUAGAUUUGGAAGAGACCUCAAUUACUGUUUUUCAGGAAUGUCAGAUCAUAGAUAUGGAGAUGGUGGGUCCAGUUUCCAGAGCACCACAGGGCACUGUGUACACAUGAGGGGAUUACCUUAUAGAGCCACUGAGAAUGAUAUUUACAAUUUUUUCUCACCUCUCAACCCCAUGAGAGUGCACAUUGAAAUUGGACCCGAUGGCAGAGUUACUGGUGAGGCAGAUGUUGAAUUUGCUACUCAUGAAGAUGCUGUGGCAGCUAUGGCAAAAGACAAAGCUAAUAUGCAACACAGAUAUGUGGAGCUCUUCUUGAAUUCUACUGCAGGGACAAGUGGGGGUGCUUACGAUCAUAGCUAUGUAGAGCUCUUUUUGAAUUCUACAGCAGGAGCAAGUGGUGGUGCUUACGGUAGCCAAAUGAUGGGAGGGAUGGGCUUAUCCAACCAGUCUAGUUAUGGGGGUCCUGCUAGCCAGCAGCUGAGUGGUGGUUAUGGAGGUGGUUAUGGUGGUCAAAGCAGUAUGAGUGGAUAUGACCAGGUUCUGCAGGAAAACUCCAGUGACUAUCAGUCAAACCUCGCUUAGGUCGAGAACAGUACUAAACAGCUACUAUAGAAACAAAAGCUGUGCAUUUAUGGGAGUUGAAUAGAAUGGGAGGGAUGUCUAGCAUAUCCAGCGUGACUGGUAAAUGGGAUAUAUCAUUGAUCCUGAUCACUCUUGGUCAGGUUUUUUCUUUCUUCCUUUCAUUU